AUGUCAACACCUGCGCAAAGGGCCAAUCUCGCGCGCAUCCGGGACAACCAGAGACGCUCUCGCGCUCGCAAGAGGGAAUACCUCCAGGAACUCGAGCAGCGUCUCCGGACAUGCGAGCUCCAGGGCAUUGAGGCCUCGGCAGAGGUCCAGAUGGCCGCCCGCCGCGUCGCGGACGAGAACAGGCUCCUCCGGGAAAUGCUGCACGAGCAGGGUGUCGGCGACGACUACAUCCUGCACUACCUGCAGCAACAGCAGCAGCACCAACAACAGCCGCCGGGACAGCUCGCCGCACAUCCGGACCUCAGUCCUCUCGCGGCAGCACAGCUUCCUGCGGGCGCCGCAGGAUCAUCUGUGCAGCCGCUCCAGCAUCUCCUCGCACCACGACGACCCACGCCCCUGGGAUCGAACGCGCCGCAUCUCUCGGGGCAGCAGGCGAGCCGCGAGACGUCCAUCGCGAGCGCCUCCACGAGUGCCUCCUCGCUGUGGGACGCGACGCCUCCUCAGGCCAUACCGUCCGGCUAUGGAACGCAUCAUGUAGGCGUUGGAAUGGCCCCUGGCGCAGCCGGCAUGGGCAAUCCGACCGGCGCUCCCGUGUACGGGACGCCAGUGUACUCAACAGAGAUGACGCCUCGACAGGACGCCUAUCAGACGCAGCAGCAACAGCAUCAGCUGCCGCCGCCGCAACAACAACUACCAUCACAGCAGCAGCAGCAGCAACCAACACCACCACCACCACCACCACAGAGAUAUCCACCGCAGCAGAUGCAGCAUCUCCCCGGGUCGUCGCUGACCUACACCGAUCCGCAUGCGCCCUUUCACCCGAGUCAGCGUGAAUACGGCGGACUGGGCGGUUAUUGA